AUGAAACUAUGUUUUUCUAAGCGGUUAGCACAAUUCCUUAUUGCGGUGGAGCAGAAGUGCGCUAUGCCACAGUCUUCCCACCUAAUAAACCCUACUUCAAUUUCCUUACACCCCGCAAGGCCUUCCUCGCACAUUAGAACUGGCAAUACCCUCGGUUAUGGAAGACUUGAUAGAAUCGUACGUAAGAGGCGUCUUCAGCAGACCCAGCAAGCAAAAAAAAAAAAAAAUAGGAGUUCAUCAAGAUCAAUUAAACGCAAAAAAAUAGAGACCUGGGGACGGGCCAAGGGUAAAGUAGGUGUGAGAAGAGUUUUCUCGUAG